CUCACGAUGAUGAAGAAGAAGAAGUUUAAGUUUAAGGUGGACUUCGAGCUCGAGGAGCUCUCCUCGGUGCCCUUCGUCAACGGGGUCCUCUUCUGCAAGAUGCGGCUGCUGGACGGCGGCAGCUUCACCGCGGAGUCCUCCAGGGAGGUGGUGCAAGCAAACUGUGUUCGCUGGAGAAAGAAGUUCUCAUUUAUGUGCAAAAUGAGUGCCAGUGCCUCCACUGGCAUCCUGGAUCCUUGUAUCUACAGAGUGUCUGUACGGAAGGAAUUAAAAGGUGGCAAAGCUUAUGCAAAGCUGGGCUUUGCAGAUCUAAACCUGGCGGAGUUUGCUGGAUCAGGAAAUACCACCCGUCGCUGUUUACUGGAAGGCUAUGAUACCAAAAAUACAAGACAGGACAAUUCCAUUCUUAAAGUUUUGAUCAGUAUGCAGCUGAUGUCUGGUGACCCAUGCUUUAAAACGCCUCCCUCCACGUCCAUGUCAAUACCCAUCGCUGGGGAAUCCGAGUCUCUGGAAGAGGAUAGAAAAGGCGGGGAGACCCUCAAGGUGCAUCUCGGAAUAGCAGAUCUUUCAGCAAAGAGUGCCUCUGUUCCAGAUGAACUUGGUGCCUGGGGACAUUCUAGAACAUCAAGCUAUGCAAGCCAGCAGUCCAAAGUAUCAGGGUACAGCACAUGCCACUCCCGGUCAUCCAGCUUCUCCGAGUUCUGCCACAGGAGAAACACCUCCGUGGGAAGCACGUCCACAGGAGUGGAAAGCAUCCUGGAGCCAUGUGAUGAAAUGGAGCCGACCACGGCGGAACCAAACCCUGACACCGCCGACAGGGAGGAAGACGCCCCGGAGAAACUCCCCAGGUGCCCGGUGAAGCAGGAUUCUGUUGAGUCUCAGCUGAAGCGGGUUGACGACACCAGAGUGGACGCGGAUGACAUUGUAGAGAAAAUCCUGCAGAGUCAGGACUUCAGCCUCGACUCCAGUGCAGAAGAAGAAGGCCUGAGGUUAUUUGUGGGGCCUGGAGGAAGUACGACCUUCGGCAGCCAUCACCUUCCGAACAGGGUAGGAUCUGGAGCCUAUGAGCAGGUUGUGAUCAAACGCUAGAGGUGCCACCAGCAGACAGAAGCUUCCCUGUGUACGUGAGGUGUGGACAACAGGUGUUUCACGGUGUUUAGGUCAAGCAUGUAAGAAAAACAAUGAACCUGUUUUCAAAGUGCAGUUCAUCUGUGAAGAGGAAAGCCAUGCUGGUUCCUUCUCAAAGCACCCCACUGUCAUUCCAAGCCACCCAGCCACUGAGGGAGCAUGUGAAUGGAGGCGAAGGCCUGGCCCGGGUCAGCACCUUGUACUUUCAAGGCACCUCAGAGGAAAACGACAUUGGACACAUUUGAGUGUGAUUCUGGUAUUCCAGCGUAAAAAUGCAAGGCAGGGGUGCUCAACAGGUCUGGACUCUGUUUUUAAAUGUUACAUUUAGGAGACAGUAUGUGAGGUCCAUUUAAACCCAUAAAUGCUAUCAAAAUAAUUAUAAUUCCUAUUAAGUAAAUCUUCCAUGUCCUACUACA